GUUUUGUCUAUAUCUAGGUUCAUUUAAAAGCCACUUUAUCAGUGCUAUGCAUUCUUAAUUCUGUUGAUAAUGAUAUGCUUUACAAUGUAGGCCAGCAACCAAAUAGGGAUUUGUAGCAGCUCUCUGUCACAGUGUGUAUUGUUCAUAGUGUUCACGCAAGAACAUGAACACAGACAAGAGCCUCUCUGAAAGGUUGAUAACUCUGUCCUCCCUGUGGGAAUCUUAUGCUCAGUUGAUUCGCUGGAAAAAUGACAGACAUGCACAACAGAAACUUCAGCAGCAAAGGAUUAUACUGGACAAGUUUCUCUCGCUCUUUGUCAGCAUCAGCUUGGAAGAUAAAGAGGCUAUUUGCAUUGGAGAAAUGAGGAACAUUAGCAAUGAGCUGAGUCAGGAGUUUAUGCGCAAUGUAGACGAGGUGACCAGAAAUUUGUCAGAGAAGGAUGCAACCAGCUCUCUUGAGAACUAUAUGCUGCGUGGUCGAGGGUGGCGUUUGCUGUACACAAUAGAUAGAGUUGGAAUAAAGGGCGUGACACAGAGGCUGGACUUGUGUGACAUCUUGCUGAACCUCCUGCCCUACUGCUACCACAUGAAGCCACUUUGUGCCCCUGACUGGGAGAAGGAAAUCAGGAGUGGCGAGGAGAAGUCUCACUUUGACAUAUUUGUACGCUCGCUGGAAGCCUCAGACAACUCCAGUCAGCCCCUGAGCUCAAGUUUUCACCUGGUGAACAAAUCUUCCAAGUUGAAACAGCUGGGCUGUCCAAACAUACAGACAAUGAAGCUCAGGAAAUUAGAAAGGGACAUCUCUCAGGCUAACAUCAUGAGAAGGGACAGAAAAAUGUCAGGAAGACACAAGGAUGGAAAGGCUAAAAAACGUAUGACCAGGUCAAUGCCAUCUAAAAGGACUAGAGCAAUGUCUAUAUCUGAAUCAGACAGUGACCACAAGGACAAUCAAUCUGAAAAUGGAAGCUCAAAACUUGAAGGCCACAGAUCUAAACAGCCAAGAUUCAAACGGAGCUUAAGGGUCCACAUGUUGUCAUCUUUUAUUAAGGAUGAAGAUUCUGAGACAGAUGAUGAUAACACUUUUUUCAUUAAAUCUGUUCAGGACUCUUCCUUGACCAUCACAGCGUACCACUUGGUGAAGAUCAUCCUGAGGCUCCUCCUAUCUCUCUGUGAGAUGGACAUGACCCAGAAUGUGAGGGGGCGAGCCAUCUCCGCCAAUGUCUUGCCACACCUUCUUUUCCUCAUCUCUCAGUUCUCUCACCGGACAUCCAUACCUAAUGACCAGACAGGUAUUUUAAAAAGUGAGCAGUGGUUGGACUCACAAAAACAGGAGCUAGAGCUAGAAAAGGUUACUUCCUCUGAAGGAUGUCCCCAGAUGAAUCAUGACAAAGAGCUGGCAGAAAGUUCUCUUCCCCCUGAUGACCAGUCCGAUGAGGAGAUUGAGGGGCUACCAUGGGCUGGGAAAGAGAAGGUGUCCCUCCUUAAACAGGCUGUCAGAGCGGUUCUCUCAUUGGCAGGGAUUGUGGCCACUCAGCAGAAUGGUGUUAAGAUUAUAAUGAAACUCAAGGUCUAUGACACCUUAUUGGAUGAGAAAAUUUUGGAUGAUCUUAUUCCUACAAUGUCUUCAGAAUACUGUAAUGAUAUAAGGACAGGGUCAAUGAUGUUUUCAGCUGGUGACCUUCAUGUGGCCACUGAUAUAAUCUGUGGUCUGAUGCAGUUGACACAAGUUAUUUACACUAACUUGCCCUUUAACCCAUCCAACAUCAACGAUGCCAAUCUUCUUGUUUGUAAACUGUGUCAGCCCCAGGUCUCUGCAAAAAUAAUGAGCCUGAUGACUUGCUUGGAACUUCAAGAUCACGAGACUACAUCCCCUUGCAGUGAAACUACAGAGCAAGAACUAUUUUCAUCUAUAAACAGUUCCAGGCAUUCCGCAGGAGCUGGAGAACAGGUUUUGAUAGGGGAGAGCUUUGAUACUUUGAUCUCUGGUGACCAAGAAGCAGGUGGCUCAGUAGUCUGUGAUUUAUUAAUGGAUUCAAAUGCUUAUAGACCUGAAGGAUCUCCUGUAGACAUAAGUGAAUAUGAAAGAAAACAGACUUUAACUGAGCUUAACAUUCCUAAGGAUGAAAUCAAAGAAGCUAUUUCCAAAAAUAGCAGUACUGGAAGUGACCGGUACACUAGCCUUCAUUCACUGGAUACUAAACAGCGGGAUAUGUCAGCUGACCCAGUUAAAGUCAUUGGGUCGAUGCUGACAACUUUAAAAGGCAUCAAGGUCAACUACAUUCACUCCAUGAAAUGCCUGAAGAACCGGCAUAGGAAAUGUCAAUACGGCUCUUACUUUGACCACCACCACGACAUAAUGGGCUCACCAUAUUAUACCAGCAUCCACCCUUUAAAUGAAGAGAAUGAGGAUGCUGACCUUGUCAGUGGCAGUAAAGUCGGACCUCAGAAAAAGUCUGGUCGUAGCCAAAGAGGCUCCAUAGAUAGCAAAAUGUCUUAUUCCUGUGUAGUCGCUGAAGUAGCUAACAUCUUGCUAGACUUUAUCUCUAUAGCUCAUUAUAAAUCUAGCCACAUACAAAUACUUUCCAUCAUUCGUUCUGUUGGCGUCUGUUGCUGCUUACAGCCGGAGAAAAUUGUCAAUGCCAUUGUACCCCAUCUUACCCAGUUUUCACCAGCUUUAAGAAACUAUGCUUUAGAGACAAUGACCUAUAUAUUGCUGGAGCAAUUUCAAGGGUCACAAGAAUGCCCUGAAAGAAAAGGGAUGCAUUCCUCUGACAAAGGGGAUAAAGGUUUCAGCAAAACCAAAGAUAUUGGCAGCACUGACAGAUCACAGCAGAUUCAGGAUGGCAAUCACUGCACUCAUUGUUUCCUUGAAGGCAUUAGUCCGCUGUUUACUGGAUUGCCAAAUGCUAUGGACUCUGGCUUCUCAAGCACCAGCAUUGAAGAGAUGAGACGUCAGCUGCUGCUGGACAGAUGGAAAUCACUUAGAACUUUAAGAAAGCUGAUCAUUGGAGAUGAGGAAAACCUGGCUCUAACUUGUGCUAAACAUUUGAUAACUCUUGCAAUAAGAGGCAAUAGUGAAAUCAAAGAGGAGCUGUUUUUUGGCAUCUACUUACAUGUUCUUCAAAUGAAAGUUCAGUUUCAAGGACUUUCCUUUGCAGAUCCUUCCUUGUUAAGUCAGCAGUCAGAAAACAGCAUUAAUCCCUUGGAAAAUCAGCCCAUACUUGUGUCUAUGAUAACUUCCCAGGAAUCACUACUAAGUGGUUCUCAAACUUCUGCAGAUGGAUCAUCCGCAGAAGAUGCCAGUCUGGACAGGUCUGUUCCCAGCUCCAUUAUGCUUCUCAGUGUCUCAGCUCUGCCCUACGUACUGCAAGUGGACAAAGUUAUGUCCAUAUUCUUGGCCAGAGGUGGGCUCACCAAGCUGACCAAUCUACUGGACUAUGAACCGCUGCGGCCCCCAGUCAUGAGUGUUUUUGAAGCUCUCAUUAUGAUUGAUGAGAGGAGGCUGCGUGGAAAUGCUGCAGAUCACAAAACAGUUUACGAAGGAGGCAGUGUCAUUCAGACAUUCAUAGACACUCUAGCCCAACGCACCUGUACAGUUACUGCCACUCUUCAGCAGUUAAGUUUGCAAAAGCUGAAAGACAAUCCCCGUAGUGAAUCUCCACCUUUGUUAGAUUCGGACAAUGACUUUUUAAAGUUCUACAAUGACAACAUCUUGUCAUCACCCAGUUGUGUCCAGAAAGUAUUAGGAGAUCAGGAAUCCCAAAAGGACAUUGAAGAAGCAGAGGAGAUUGAUGAUCUUCAGUCUGCCGCCAUGAGACAUGAGACCCUUCAGGUACUGCUAGAUAUGUGGAAGACUUGCGCCAAGCUGUGCAUGAAUAGUCACAUGUUUAGGACAUGCUACCGGGAAUCAUCUUGUCUGUAUGUUGUUCAGGAGACACUGAUUCUGGCCUUAAACCUACUUGGUGACCUUACUGACAAUGGUCACUGUCCUCCCCAGCACAAACCAGAGUGUCACAAACAGAAGGCUGCACCUAAACAUUUCAAAGGCAAUGAGUUCUGCCUUAAAGAAGACAGCCUGGAGUCUGACCUAGACACAGAAGAGGAUGCCAAAGUACUUCUGAGCCACCAGGCCAAGCUAGAGUUCAUAGAGGCAGUCAUGAUGGUCUGUUUCUCCUGUCACACUAUUGGCACUUCCCAAAAGAAAGGAGCAGAGGAUGAUCUUUGGCUUCGUCUGAACACUGCCCUCAGAAGCUGUAUAUAUCUUGGACCAUGCAAACUGUCUGCAGUAUUCCAAAUGCUUCUGAAUGUUGCACUCCCUAGUUGCCCAUCGAUUCUGGAAUAUUCUUACUCACAGAUUGUCUCCCUGCUAAACUUGCGAGAACGUGAAGACAUCGCUGAUGAAGAUGAAGUCAGGCAGCUAUUGAAGCAAGAGCUAGAAGAGGAUGGGGACAUUGUUUACACUGAACUUGGCUAUGAGGGAGACACAGAAUCAUCAGUUUCAUUUGAUUGGAAGAAAGGUCUGGAGUUCAGUUUACAAAACUCACCAGGCAGCUGUCCCUCUACUUGUCCCUGCUUUCCUGCUGUGUUUAGACUUUUUGUAGAACUUAUGGUAGCUUGCCACAGGGAGGCUUCUCGUGGAGUCAUUCUUCACUCCAUGGCACUGCGUCUGCUGCAGACUUUAAGGUCAAAUAGACAAGCUGUAGGUGCUGUGUGUUCAGAAAAUCUUCUAGAAAUAUUGGUGGAUGGAUUUAAAGAAGUGCUGAUAAACAAGCCAGAAAGUGGGCAAGAAGCUACACUGCAGGAAAUUAUUUUAUCACUGAUACAAAUCAUUGCUCAGAGUGAAAUCUCAGCGGCAGAGUUAAGGCAGUUUUUAAGAUUGUUUCUUGAGACAUCAGAGACUACGAAUUCCCUGCUGUCCACACUUCUGUCAAUUAUGCAAAAAAGUUCUGUUUCUCCAAAUGUAUCUGUAAUAUUCCCUGUCAAGAAACACUGCAGGGCCAGCACUAGUCCAGUGAAUAACAAUUCAGUAUCAGAUGACCAAGAGGAUCCAUUCUGUGAUGUACCAGUUAGACAACAUGCUGCUAUUGAGCUUAAUGUCCAUGGGCUGGCAUGGCCUCCUUCUCAGACAGGUUUUACUGUAGCACUCUGGAUGUGUGUUGACCAUUUUUCUUCUGCUCAUACAACUGGAAGCAAGUUCUCUGAGAAUGAAAGAAAUAAUGACAGGCAGCAAGUGGCUACAAGAAGACCCCCCCUCCAUGAGUGUUUACUGGUGACUGCCAUUGGCAACAAAGAAAAACUACUAGAAGUUUGGGUACAUCCUAAAACUGCUUCACUAGUUUGCAGACUUACUUCAUGCCAAGGGGAAUUCUCUCUGUUGAAGGAAGUGAGCUUUGAUCAUCUGUUGACACCUGGUAGUUGGCAGCUGUUGGUGAUUAGAUAUGUUGAUAUCUUGGACGGCAGCACAUAUGUUGGUCAAUUAAAACUGAUUGUUGAUGGCUGCUUUGUGAAAGAGGCCAUACUGGAUCACCCAGCUGUCAUCAACAGACAGCAGAAGCCACGAUCCCCAGUCCUGUAUGUUGGUGAUGCCAGACACAGACUAGCCAACUUCCACACUGGCACUUGGAGGCUGGGAAAUGUCAGAUUGUUUAAAGAUGUAUCCCUUAGUGGUGACUGGUGGCUCCACCUGUAUUGCCUGGGACCAAAUUGCAGUGGUAUCAGCAAGUGUGACUGUGGAGAUGUCCAGGCCUGCUACAUGCCUGCUAUGUUCAAAAGUAUGACUGAGUCUUCGCUGGUGACAUGGGACUUUCUAGUUGGAGUCACUCAAGUAUCUGACCUUGACAUGGCCAGGACAUUGCAGAUACUGGUGUAUAAAGUGGGCCAACCAGAUGUCUACUCUGGUUUUGCCAUGCCCCAGAUGCCUGCAACCUUGGCCUCAGAUAACCUUGGACUUGUCCCUCCGACAGGCUCUUUCUCAGAUCUGCUGACACAGAAACCUGUCCUUAUGCGAGCCAAGUUGCAAGGCAUGAUCAAGGUCAGAGACACUAACACCCUGGAAAAGGCUGUGGAGCAAACUGGUGGAGUGGAGGCUUUUCUCUUCCUGGUGGCUAAGAUCUAUGAGGACAGUAAAAAAAUGGUGGUUAAAGGUGGAAACCAGGAUAUGGCUGACCAUUUGCAGAGCAAAGUGACCCACAUACUUUUUCAGCUUAUUCACCAGUUCCCCACUCUGGCCUGGUCAUUUAAAGAAGCUAAUGGCUAUGCCAUGCUGGCCAAAGUGUUUACAAGCUCUAAAAGCAUUGUGGGAUACAACUUGUUGAAAGUAUUGAUGGAUGCGUGCACUACAGAAACUGUCUACAAGACCAUUCCCACCUCCUCUUGCCUCACACUACGCAGCACAACAGAGGCUGUCAUCAGAGAUUUGGAUGUUCUCACCCAUUUGCUGCUUAACUGGCGCAUCUGGCAACGGGCUGAGGGCCAGGUCAUGACUCUCCUAUUUACUACCUUGGAGGCCCUUGUCAGCCCACAACACCAGCAUCGCAACUUCAACAUCAAGCAGAUGCUGGCAGGGGGCGUGGUCAACAAGAUCUUCAACAUCUAUCUGGAAAGAAUUCAAGAUGGUCAACCCUCGUUGUCAAUACCAGUGAGCCAAUCAGCUGCCAAUGUUAUUAAGAGCCUGAUCGGAUCUCCUCCUGACCUUCACCUACUCAUGGCUGUGAUGGACUUCCUGCUUCUUGUUCAUCCAGCCCCCAGCGGCUUUAUCAAUUUCAAUUCCAACUCAUUCUAUUUCAGGCUCUGGUGGGAUGGAGAAAGGCCACGGUCCAAUAGUUCUGAACGGAAAAAGAAAUUAACACAACAAAGUCGAACAAUUAGUGAAAAAUCUGAGCAUGCCCCAGAACAUGUUAAAGACUUCACCACUGGCCCCAAGAUUGUAUCAGUCUAUGAUGCUUCUGCAGCUUCAGGGUCCAGUAGGAUAAUCAAAUCUGUAGUGGCAGAUAGCCAGGACAACUCUCAGGAUGAAGAGAGCGAAUUCAAGUUUCCUCCCUUGAAACCUCUAAAUCCCACUUCGGAGCAGAGUCAAGACAUGGAUGCUGAUCAAGAGGAGAGUGAUUCUGAAAUGCUUCUGAUGAGGAAGGACAGGCUUUCUCCCAGUGAGAUGACCCCUGAUCUUUCUAGCAGCCAAGACACUAAUGGAGAAGUUGAGUCUGACCAAGAGAAUCUAUCUCACACAAAUAAGGCCUUAGAAAAAGGGGAAAACGGACAAGCAUCCAGUGUAAAGAAGCCAGCCACUGAGUCACAACAUUCUCUAAUAGAAGAUACAUUGACAGUUGUAGAUCAGCCAGAAGCUGAGCUUGACAAGGAGUCAGUUAAAAAUGUUGAAGAGGCCUUCAGGCAUGAGUCAGCAGAAGGUGACGAUGACAGUGAGAAAGGACUGAUGGUACUUUGUGUCUGUUUGGUCAAUUACAUGACCAAGAUUAUCAGCGAACUUCCAGAGCCAUCUUUGGACAAUGUCUUUAGUAAAGUGGUCAGCCCAAAGUCUUUGCUUGUGCUAGUCAAGAAUCCCUCAAGUGAGAUGAGAUUAGCUGUUAUGAAGCUUCUUGGUGCUUAUUUGACAAAAGCUCCUCCAUCUUUGAUUGACACAUUCUUGAAAAUGGAUGGCUUUUACCUCUUAGCCAAUCAGCUUCGUUCAUUUCCUGUCAACAAGUAUCAUAUUGAGACUGCCAUCUCUAUUCUAUUGAGCAAGGAGUUUGCAUUUGACAACAAUUUUAUGAUUGGAGACAUUGGAGAGUUAUCUGCUAUUCAGCAGGCUGCCCCAGUUUUACUCCUGUCACUUCUAGAAAACACUGCAUCGGACUCAAAACUGUGUAGUUCUUCCCUUACAAUUUUAUCUGAGCUUCUGGAGUCUACACCCACCAUGAGCUCUCUUCUGUUAGACCUUGGCCUGGCUGAAACAAUGUGCAAUCUUGCUAGCACCAUACAGAGACACUAUGUUAUUGAUCCUAAGCUUGAAAAUGAAGAGGUGAUGAGAGGUUUGCUGAUAGAAGUCCAGCGUGUCCUGUGUUGUGCCGCCACAUCUGAGUUUAGCUGGAUGGGUCCCUCCCAUUUCCAGAAUGUUGAAGAAUUGUUUGCCUUGUUGAAGGCAUUGGAAGACAAUGAAUACAGCCAAAUUUCAGAGUUCAACAUCAAAAGGUCAGACACAGCAAGGGCUUUUCAGAUCUCUCUAGUGGUGAAAAUAAUGGAUUAUGUAGAGAAACGCUGUGAAGAGCUCGGCUCCACAUCUCAAGGCUGGAUGACCUCAUCUACCAAUAGCAGCACAGCCUCCUCUUCCUCCUUUACCAAAUCAUCCCCUCGCCCAGUGUCUCGCCAUCAGACCCUCUCCAAGUCCUUCUCACCAUCCUCUAAGCCAACUGCAAACACCACACCACAAAGCCAACGUCCUCUUACACCAGACUCCCAUGUGAUCAAAAGGUCAACCUAUUCAUCACCAGAUAUGAUGGGUAUUCUCUCUGGUAACUCUGUCUUUCAUGGGGACAGUGGCGAAUCAUCCAGCUCGUCCCGUGGCUCCACCCACCCUCGUGCCACAGAUAGUGAGCCAAAACUUUCUCUGCUGGAGUCGCUCCUCAGCCGUAAAAAGAAGAUUAUCUAUGCUAAGGUCAACCAGUCAGAUCUUCUGGACCGGUUCAGAAAAAUUUUGGUUCUUGCAACUGAUCUUGCCAUUAUGUACCCUAGAGAAGAGAAAAUGCGACCCACAGAGGAGAGAACUCUGAAUUUCUUGUCAGAACCUAAACUUCCUUGUUUGGAGGAUCGUUACUUAAAGUUCCUGUUCAUAACAGUCUACAGGUUCUAUGAGCACUGUUUGAGCAAAGAUAGCAGCAGCAAGAAAAAGAGGAACCCAAUCAAACAUGGAGCUAAGGAUGUACUUAGAGCACAGUUUACCCGGCUGUUCCUGUGCAUGAUGUCCAUCAAAGUGCACUUUGACCUUCGAGUCUUCACUCUGGCCUUCAUUAUGACUGAGCCUCUUGGACCAGAGGCUUUGAAAGCUGUGAUAGCUGAUAAGGCAGCUGGGACAGAACUAAGUCUCUACAUUUACAAUUUGUUGGCUCAGUGGAAGGACUGGCUGAACUCUGUGCAGAGGGAGCAGGGCUUCACUGUGAUGCAGACCUUGAGGCGUGCUGGUUACACUGUCAACUCCCCUGACCAAAUGUUGACACAGACCCAAGUGAACUUACUCAUGGAGGAUAAAAAUCAAAUUGAUUCCAGGUACAGAAAAGACUUGCAGGUGUGGCUGCAGAAGAGAGAUACAAGCAAAAACAAAGUCACCCAGAAGUUUGAAGCUGUGCGCAAACGUGUGACAGAGCAUGCCAUGAGUGUGACCCAGGAUGUGACCAGACUUCAGAUUGAGGAGAGGAAAAAACUUGUGACCCACAUUAAGCAGAGCAUGACCGCCCAAAUCCAGCUGAAGAAGCAAUGGCAGGAAGUGGUUCAAAUGUUGACCCAUGAAAGAGCCAUUUGGUAUGAGGCUGCAUCUUACCCACAGUCCUGGCAACUGGAUCCAACAGAAGGUCCUGGAAGAGUGAGAAAGAGGCUUCAGAGAUGCCACCUUAACAUUCCUAAAAAAUUUCUUUUGCCUGAGCACCAGUACAAAAUUGAUGCUGCCAAUGCUGACCCGCCACUUUUGUUCCUUUUUGAAGAUGACUAUCAGAUGUCUGACUCAGCUGCUUUGAUCUACAGGUUAUACACAAAUGAGAAAAUUCAACAUACCUGUAAGUGUAUAGCAGUCUCACCAGCUAGUGAAAGUAAAGGUGAACUUCUUAUAGGUGAAGUCUGUAUUUUCUUUGUGGCUGAUGGAGCCAUUACUGGGUCCAGCUACACACAGCUAUUGCUGGGCAAUCUCCACCAGCUGUCCAUCACUCUGCCCCACACAGACAUCAGGGAGCUCCAUAAACGUUGGUACCAGCUGCAAGAUGUUGGGCUGGAAAUUUUCCUCAUCAGUGGCCGUACUUGUCUCCUGGCUUUCCAGUCUAUGAAGGAAAGGGAUGAUCUGUACAACAUAUUGAGCAACACGCUGGAGCUCCCCAAUCUUGUGGCAGCUGAGACCUUGCAGACUAUCCAUCAGGGCUGGCUGUCAGGGGAGGUCACCAACUAUGACUACCUGGUGCACCUGAACAAGAUGGCUGGCCGCAGUUACACUGAUCUCAUGCAAUAUCCAGUCUUCCCUUACAUCUUAAAAGAUUACCAUAGCAGCCGGCUGAACCUGAAUGACUCAAAUAUAUAUAGAAAUUUAAGAAAACCUGUUGCUGUCCAACAUGAAUCAAAAGAAAAACGUUACAAAGAUAAUUAUGAGUUUUUAUGCCAAGAAGCCAAUCAGCCUCACAAUGAGAAUGAAAUGAUGAGAGUAGCUCCCUUUCAUUAUGGAAGCCACUACUCUAACAGUGGCACAGUCCUGCAUUAUAUGGUCAGGUUGCCUCCUUUCACUGGAAUGUUUCUCUCAUACCAAGACAGUAGUUUUGACAUUCCUGACCGAACUUUUCACAGUCUAGGCACUUCCUGGAGAUUAUCCAGUUUGGAAUCUACCACGGAUGUAAAGGAGCUGAUUCCAGAAUUUUUCUUUUUGCCAGAAUUUUUCAUAAAUAGUGAAGGUUUUGACUUUGGGCAGCGUCAGAAUGGUGAGACAGUAAAUGAUGUCAACCUCCCCCCCUGGUGUGAUGGUGACCCACGCCUGUUUGUGCUGAUACACCGACAGGCCCUGGAGUCACCGUAUGUGACUUCCCAUCUGAACCAUUGGCUGGACUUAGUGUUUGGCUACAAGCAGCAAGGGGAAGAGGCAGUCAAAGCUAUCAAUGUGUUUCACCCUUCUACAUAUUUUGGUGUGGAUGCCAGCACUAUCAAGGAUCCUUUAAAGCGCCAUGCCUUGCUGACUAUGAUCAAAACCUAUGGACAGACACCUAAGCAACUGUUUAGGCAGGCACACAAGUCUUGUCAAAUUCCCUCUUUCCAGAACCCUGGCCUGGAGGAAAGGCCUACUGUAUAUGUGCCUCGACCAGUACCUAGCAUUUAUGGCUUAAAGUGGGGCAACUUCCUGGGCUCACCUGAUCUGCCUUUACCUAUUUCAAGAGAACUGAUCAAUGUCAGUCCAAAGGUUAUCAUGAAGCUGGUGCCGCUACCCAACGGCAUUGUGUUUGGUGUUGAGAAGUCUGCCAAUAUUUUGUUACUCCACAGCAAACAGAGAGACUUAGCAGUAAAAUAUGUUGAUGUCAUGUGGGCUGGAGUAAUAACUUGGGAUUAUCAUGACAACAUAAUCCGCAUCCGUAGCUAUCAAGAUAAGCCACUUAUCAAUUUUAUGCCACAGAAGUCAUUUGGUCAGAUCACUUGUGUGGAGUCAGUUCCUGACUGCAGGCUGCUGUUCUGUGCUGGCACUGCUGGUAUCAUUAACAUUUAUUCAAUGACACAUAAUUCAUCAAAGCCAAGUAGUCUUCAGCUAAGAGGGGUUAAAAAGAGCCUCUAUGGUCACAAUGAACCAAUCACGUGCUUGUGUGUGUGCCAGGCUUUCUCCAUUGUGGUCAGUGGCAGUGCUGAUGGAACUUGUAUCAUAUGGGACCUCAAUAGGCUCAACUAUGUUAGGUCUAUUACCACCCAUAAUGGUGAGAUUCACGCCAUGGCUAUCAGCGACACAUUAGGAGAUAUUGCUAGUGUUAGCUUGACAGGCAAAGAUAACUGCUGCAUUCAGCUUCACAGUGUGAAUGCUAAGCUUGUGGCCACACAGGAUGUUGGUGAUGUGGUGCACUGUCUGGCAUAUUCUACAGCCCCUGAAGGAAGAUCUGUUAAUCUGAUAGCUGGAGGCCUGGAGUCUGGAACCAUUAGGUUAUGGAGCAGUUGGAACCUGGCACAUUUAAAAGACCUCACAAAAGACAGCCCAAUCCUUCACCCUAUUGUAUGCCUGACCUUCUCAGCUGACUCGCAGUAUCUGUUGGCAUCCUGUAGUGAUGGAACUGUCACCUUGUGGGAUAAAGAUGUAAAAGCUUUGAGGGAACAUUCAGAAAAAUUUAUUCCUGUGAUCAUGAACUCAAUAGACAUUUGAAAAGCUUUUUUUUUUUUUUACCUUCUUCAAGGCAGCAUUAUGUUGUUAUAUUGGACUAAUCAAUGAGAAAUUGAAUUUUUGUAACCAUAAAAUAUUCUGACUGACUGUACGGAUAAGGCUUUGAUUUAGUCAUUUUAAUCAGAUAUCUCUGAAUCAUUUAUACAAGUUGAACAAAAAAUGAUAUACAAACACAACAGCAACUAGAGGUUGCAUAAAACUGGAUGUAACAAUUUUGUGAUUAUAUUUAGCCAUGUAAUAUUUUGGGACAGUGUUUUCCAAUCUUUGAGACAGAACCCCAUUUUAUAAAUUGAAAGUAACAUCAUAUCCCCUUGUCGUAAAAAAACAACACAAGUAUAAAUAAAACUAUAUAGGAACCUGUAAUGAACUUAUAUUUGUAUAUCUGUGACUACUGGAAAGUAAACCUCUCUCUUGGAGAACCAAUGAGAAUUUAGUAUUUGAAUUGAGAGCAAUGUUGUCUGAAUAGUGGAUGAAAUGUAGUGAAUCAUAUUAGUUGAUGUGUACACAGAUAGGAGUGGGAGAACAUUGUUGCUGUUCUAAACAUCUCCAAGAGUGUGACUGACAACAAAUAAAAAGAUUCACUCGAUACUGAAGUUAUCUAUUGCUCAAUGAAGACACUAUUUCAAAAUCUGCUUCAUUUGGUCUUUAUCUUAAGGCAGUAUUAAUGAUUAUUAAUAAUUGAUUCAUAGUAAUUCAUUAGUAUUACUUAUGAUAUUGAGAACAAAAACAAAAAAUUUUUUAAAAAUUAUUUUUUGAUAUUUGUAUACAUAAAAUCUUUCUAUAUAUAUUUAUUUACUUAUAUAACUUCAUUUGUCCUGAUUUUUACUAGAAAGUUUGCAUGAAUAAAGGCGAUUACAUUAUUUAAUGUAUGCAUGUAACACUUGCUAUAAAAAUAAGAGAAAUCUUUGUAUUAUUUUUAUAACUUUGAUAUUAUUUAACUUAAAAUCACAAUGACACUUUUGUCCAGAGUUUAAUUUAUAGAAUUGACCUUUGAACUUUGAUCAAAAUAGAAAGUAACAGUUUGUAAAUAGAGUGUUCAUAAUUAAUUUCCUUUUUGUUUUGUAUGUUUAAUAUUUAUUUACACUUUUUAUUGUUUAAAAAAGGUGAAUUGAAAUAUUUAUUGUGUAUAAUAUCAUUUAAGACUAAAUACAUUUUGAACUCAUGCUGAAUGAAGACAUGCAUGUUUGAUUGGUCUGCUUACUUUCAGAGGGAGAGGGGACAAAGAGGAAGAGUCAAGAAUCCGUUAAUAUUGCUUUGUGCAAGGGAACAAAGAAAAUGUUCAUUAAAAGGCAGGGGGUGGCACUUAUCCUGUCAGCAAAUUAAUAUGCUUUAACAAUUGUUUUCAGCUAAGUCACUUCUCUUUUCAGGAGAGAGAAAACAUACUACUUCAUUUAUAGUAAUCCAUACAAACAUAUGUUUCAUAAUUCAACCAUUCUAUUUUUAUUACAUUAUAGUAGUAUAUAUAUAUAUAUAUCUUCUUCAUUAAAUUUGGUAUGAGAGGUUCUAACUCUCACAAUAAAAAGCCAAAGUGGAGUGAUUGAUGUGUGUGUGUGUGUGCAUACUGUUAAAACAAUUCUUGGAACAAGUUUCAUGACAAAAUCUUUUUCUAGAAACCUUUUAUUUAUUAAACAUUUGAAUAUCUCACUUCAAACAUUUCAUUACAUCUUUUAAAUCUUAAUUAUUUCCUUUAGUAUCUCAUGAUACCUCCCACUAUUUAUUAUCUCGCCUUACAUCCUAUACCUUAUUUCCUCGUCUUCUACAUGCUGGAUUACCAAGUGAUAUUUUCAAAACAAGAAAGUGAACAUUUAUAUAUUUAUCCCAUGAUCAAAAUACACUAAUACAUUUUAUACUCAUUUAUAGUGAAAUGUACAUGAUAGUGAUUAGGAAAGAUCAAAUUUACAACAAAAUAUUUGUUUAUAUAUGGUAAGUCAUUUUUAAUUUUUUUCUCUAAGGUCACGUAGAUUAUUUCAUUUUUGUUUUAUUGAAAAAUUUUUUUAAUGUAUCUUUUGAAAAGUUUCUGUAUUAUUUGAAGCAAAUGCAAAGAAAAAUUGUAUGUAUAAAUAUUGAAUGAAUGUUUUUCUUAUUUUCUUGUGUUUAGUCAAUGUUGUGAAAUGGAGAAGACAGAUUUGUUUCUAGUUGCUGUAUUGGCUCAGUUUGUCUUUUAGAUUUAGAAUGAUCCAUGAAAAGUUUAACAUUUAUUUAGAAAUGCCAGAUUGUGUUCAUGUGCAGUCAAAAUGUUAACCUUAUCAAAUUACUCAUUGAUAAGUCUUGGAUACAUUGAUAACUAUGUUCAUCGAUAAUGUCUGACAUACAUUGAUAACUAUGUUCAUUGAUAAUGUCUGUCAUACAUUGAUAACUAUGUUCAUUGAUAAUGUCUGCCAUACAUUGAUAACUAUUUUCAUUGAUUGUUUGUUGAUAAUGUUUCACUUAUUUUUAAAAAAUGUGAUUUCCAGAUUUUUUUUAUAUUUAAGGCCAUAUUGUAAUAAAUUGUUAUUAAAAAUGCAAGCCAAUUAGGCAAUAAACUCAAGUGAUCAAAGCAUUUUUGUAUACACAGUAUUAUGAGAAAUUUGAAUACACUUGUUUCUGU